GCGAAUCGACCCACCCCAAGGAUAAGCACACCCACUUUUAUUCCGGGAAACCCCGCGACAUUCAAGGCCAUCAGAAGGGCCACUCGCGACCGCAGGAGAUCGAACGCUGCAUCGAAAGAGACUGCACAGCGUGAUCCUGUCGAACAUCAGUCCGAAGUCAAUGCAGACUGUUUGUUCUGGAGUGGGGGCAAGGAGUCCUAUCUGGCGUUGAAGGCGAUGCAAUUGCGCACAGCCGAAGACAACACCCAACACCUGGAGGACGACGACAAAGCCACAGAGCCGGUAGAGCACCCCAACAGCACCAACGGCCCUGGGUAUAGCCGUGGAGGGUACACCCACGUGCGUGUGGCACAGGAACAGUCAGUGGGUGUAGAGGGUUCUGGUGUGUGUGUGAAGGCUCGGGGGGUGAAUGGGAGGACCGUGCUGGUGACGACUAUUAAUGCGGCGACGUGGGAGGCGUCUCACCAGUGUGUCAGCGUAGAGCGCAUCAUAGAACAAGCCAGGUAUCUGAAGCUGGACUUGUUGCUGAUCCCUCUGGACGAUUGGGCCAGUAACGACGACUAUAGGGACGGAGUGCUGGACGGAUUAAAGGAACUGAAUAAUUCGGGGCUCCGACCCAACCGCUUGAUUUUCGGCGAUUUGGGGUUAGAGGAAGUUCGGGACUGGCGGAUAAGCGUGUUUGGCAAGGACAUGGACUGUGUAUUCCCCAUAUAUGGCAUUGAUAAGCAUUUACUGCUGCAAGACCUUUGGGACGCCGAAGAUUUGAGUGUACGGGUUGUGUCUCUGCCUCAGGGCACCUUUGGGGGAGCGUUGGGGAUUGGAGGAAUUUAUGACCUAUCAAGUCUUGAGCGCUUACCCUCCACAGUAGAUGUCAUGGGGUAUGUAUCAAAUAAGGCAUAA